UGUGUCCAUCCAACAUCAUAAGCUGAAGGUGUGGCUGUUGGGCUGUGCAAGAAGCAUCUCAUCCACCUAGUCAUCCAGGAGUGGACCAUGGCCAAGCCUGGGGGAAUCGCGUGGCCACCGUUCAUCUUCACCCCCAUCUGCCUAAUGCUGAAUGUAAAUCUCAUCUUCUGGAUCGCAGCACUGGCUGUUAGAUUCACCAUCAUCAACUGCCAACAAGUACAACACACAAUAGUCACUACAAAUUACGGGAAGCUGCGUGGAUUAAAAACUCCAUUACCAAACGAAAUCCUGGGACCAGUGGAACAGUACCUAGGCAUCCCGUAUGCAUCUCCACCAACGGGGGAAAGGAGAUUCCAGCCUCCAGAGCCUCCGUCCUCUUGGCCAGGCAUCCGAAACGCUACACAGUUUGCACCCGUCUGUCCGCAGUACCUGGAAGACAGGUUUCUGCUCAACGACAUGUUGCCCGUGUGGUUUACAGCCAAUUUGGAUACAGUCGUAACCUAUGUGCAAGACCAAAAUGAAGACUGUCUUUACUUAAAUAUCUACGUUCCAACAGAGGAUGGUAGGUCUCCCUUGAGCAAGAGUCAAGACGAUGAUAUAACCAGUUAUGAUGGUGGUGAAGAUGAAGACAUUCAUGAUGAGAAUGGCUUGAAGCCAGUCAUGGUCUACAUUCAUGGUGGAUCUUAUAUGGAAGGUACUGGGAACAUGAUUGACGGCAGUGUCCUGGCAAGCUACGGCAACGUUAUUGUGGUCACAAUCAACUACAGGUUAGGAGUUCUGGGCUUUCUAAGCACGGGAGACCAAGCCGCAAAGGGUAACUAUGGACUACUGGACCAAAUUCAGGCGCUGAGGUGGAUUAAAGAAAACAUUCAGGCUUUCAAAGGGGAUCCCAAAAGGGUCACAAUAUUUGGGUCUGGUGCUGGAGCAUCUUGUGUAAGCUUGCUCACACUUUCCCACUACUCUGAAGGUAAAUAUCUAUUUCAGAAAGCCAUCAUCCAGAGCGGCACAGCACUGUCCAGCUGGGCAGUGAACUACCAGCCUGCCAAAUAUACCCAGAUGCUGGCAGAGAAGGUUGGCUGCAACAUGCUUGACACUAUAGAUUUGGUGGAGUGCCUCCAGAACAAGAACUACAAAGAACUCAUAGAGCAGUACAUCACUCCUGCAAAGUACCACAUUGCUUUCGGACCGGUCAUUGACGGUGAUGUUAUACCAGACGACCCGCAGAUCUUGAUGGAGCAGGGCGAGUUCCUGAAUUACGAUAUAAUGCUGGGCGUCAACCAGGGAGAAGGAUUUAAGUUCGUGGAUGGCAUUGUGGACAGUGAAGAUGGUGUGUCCGCCAACGAUUUUGAUUUUGCUGUGUCAGACUUUGUCGAUCACCUGUACGGCUACCCGGAAGGGAAGGACACUCUCCGGGAAACCAUUAAAUUCAUGUACACAGACUGGGCUGACAAAGAGAACCCAGAGACCCGGAGGAAGACAUUAGUUGCACUCUUCACAGACCAUCAGUGGGUUGCGCCAGCCGUGGCCACAGCAGAUCUGCACGCUCAGUAUGGCUCACCCACUUACUUCUACGCAUUCUAUCAUCACUGCCAGAGUGACAUGAAGCCCAGCUGGGCAGACUCAGCACACGGAGAUGAGGUUCCUUAUGUCUUUGGAAUCCCGAUGAUUGGCCCCACAGACCUCUUCAACUGCAACUUCUCCAAAAAUGAUGUGAUGCUAAGUGCAGUCGUCAUGACUUACUGGACUAACUUUGCCAAAACAGGUGAUCCAAACCAGCCUGUACCCCAGGACACAAAAUUCAUCCAUACGAAACCGAACCGCUUUGAGGAAGUGGCCUGGUCCAAAUACAAUCCUAAGGAUCAGCUGUACCUCCACAUUGGUCUGAAGCCCAGGGUCAGGGACCACUAUAGAGCUACCAAGGUUGCCUUCUGGUUGGAACUUGUGCCCCACUUGCACAACAUAAACGAGCUGUUCCCUUACGUGUCGACGACAACCAAGAUCCCGCCGCAGGAUACCACCCCCUACCUGUGCACUAAACGUUUCCCUGGGAAAACGUGGCUCUCCACUACACGCCACCCAGUCGUUCCUCCUGCUAACACCAAGCAGGUGACCGACCAGCGAAAGUCAGGGGAGCCUGAAGAGAACACCAUCAUAGUGGAGAAUAAGCGUGAUUACUCCACAGAGCUGAGUGUCACCAUCGCUGUAGGUGCCUCGCUGCUCUUCCUCAACAUAUUGGCCUUCGCUGCGCUUUACUACAAAAAGGACAAGAGACGCCAUGAGUCGAAUCGGCGACCCAGCCCCCAGGCAAACGCCGCCAACGAUGUGGCUCACAUCCAAAAUGAGGAGAUUAUGUCCCUGCAGAUGAAGCAGAUGGAGCAUGAGCAUGGGUGUGAGGCCCUGCAGGCUCAGGACACCCUACGGCUCACCUGCCCACCUGACUACGCCUUCACCCUACGCCGCUCCCCAGAUGACAUCCCCCUUAUGACUCCAAACACAAUCACUAUGAUCCCCAAUUCAUUGGCUGGGAUGCAGCCCAUGCAUACUUUCAACACCUUCAGUGGCCCUCAGAACAGUACUAAUCUCCCCCAUGGGCAUUCUACAACAAGAGUAUAG